AUGGGGAACCGACAACCUCAGCAUGUUGUGGGUAUCCACUAUGCAGUAGGCCCAAAGAUUGGUGAAGGCUCUUUUGGUAUCAUCUUUGAGGGUGAAAAUAUAAUGGAUGGAUCCAAUUCUACUUUAGAUGAAAAUGAAGUAGGUCAAACAGGUAACGGUACUCGUAGGCCAGUUGCGAUAAAGUUUGAGCCACGCAGGUCGGAAGCUCCGCAGCUUAGGGAUGAAUUUAGAGCUUAUCGGAUACUUAAUAAGUGUCGUGGUAUUCCCCGUGCGUAUUAUUUUGGUCAGGAGGGAAUACACAACAUUCUUAUUAUUGACUUGCUUGGACCGUCCUUGGAAGAUCUUUUUGAGUGGUGUGGAAGAAAAUUUAGUGUGAAGACUACUUGUAUGUUGGCCAAGCAGAUGAUUGAUAGGGUCCGCGUAAUCCAUGAACGUGAUUUAAUAUAUAGGGACAUUAAGCCGGACAAUUUUCUCAUUGCAGAGUACCAGAGGGAGUUGGCAAAUGGGGAGGUUGUGAAGAGUUGUGCACAGUCAGCUAACCACGAUCCUAACUUGAUCUACGUUGUAGACUUUGGGAUGGCAAAACAGUACCGGGACCCAAAGACUAAGCAACAUAUACCCUACCGGGAGCGGAAGUCGCUCAGUGGAACUGCGCGUUAUAUGUCAAUUAACACGCACUUUGGUAGGGAGCAGUCCCGGCGUGAUGACUUAGAGUCACUUGGUCAUGUAUUCUUUUACUUCUUAAGAGGCUCAUUACCUUGGCAGGGACUCAAAGCUCCAAAUAACAAGGCCAAAUAUGAAAAGAUAGGAUUGACUAAGCAGAAACUAAAACCGGAGGAUUUACUGUCGGAACAUGUUCCCAUGCAAUUUGCGGAAUACUUGAAAUACUGUCGUGCGCUCAAGUUUGAAGAGGAGCCUGAUUAUGAUUACUUGAUUUCCUUGAUGGACUCAGUCAUGCAUGACUUGCAUCUAGAGGAAAAUCAGGAAUAUGACUGGAUGGAAUUGAAUGAUCAUACUGGCUGGAAUAUAAAGAUUAAUAAAAGAGCCAACUUGCAUGGUUAUGGGAACCCCAAUCCUGGUAACUAUAACAACAAUACGAACAAUCCAAACCAUAAAUCACACUCGCAGCGCCAAUCGGACCCUAAACAACCUUUCCAACAGGUUCUGACAUCAUCAAACCAUCAACAACAUGCCUACACCAAGAGUACUUCUAAAGCUCAAAAACCACAUUCGCAGUCUGCACCGCACAGGGGCUCCUACUCGGCGAAGCAUAGACUAAAGUUCCCAUUGAGCGGGAACGAGAUGUUUUCUACAAAUCCAACAGCAAAGCAAGCAAUGGCAGCUCAAUCUUACGAUGCUUUUGGGAAGCGAAUGCUGAGAACAGGUCAACAGAACCAAUCUGACCAUGAUUCACUAGCGGAGCCCGGUGUUUUUGGUAGGCUAUGUUGCUGCAGUUGGUGUUGA